AUGGCUAUAGAAAGUGAAACCAAAGGCAUCAGAAUUGCCAUUGACAGGGGCGGCACAUUUUGUGACUUCUGGGCAAGCAUCCCUGGCAGAGAAAAUGACUUGAUUUUCAAGUUGUUGUCCAGAAACCCUGGAGAAUAUGAUGAUGCGCCUAUCGAAGGUAUCCGGCAGAUCCUUGAAAAGGCUACCGGCCAGACUAUUCCUAGGGGAACACCCUUGGAUAUUACGCCAGUCGAAUCAAUUCGUAUGGGUACAACAGUUGCUACAAAUGCACUUCUAGAAAGAAAAGGAGAGCAAGUCGCUCUUUUAAUAACAAAAGGCUUCAAAGACCUUCUUGUCAUUGGCAACCAGGCUCGACCGAGUAUCUUCGACCUCUCAGUCUCCAAGCUCGAUAGGCUAUAUGAAAAAGUCAUCGAAGUAGACGAAAGAGUCACUAUAGAAGGUUUCGCCGAAGACCCCGAACCUCAACCUAUUAAUAUAAAAUCCGACCCAGGCUUGGUCGAAGGCCUUACGGGAGAAGCAAUCCGUAUUUUGCAAAAGCCAGAUCUUACGCAAGUCCGUCAGGAUCUUCAAUCGUUAUGGGACGAAGGGUAUCGUACCUUGGCCAUUGCAUUUAUGCACUCUUUUGCAUUCCCAGAGCAUGAAGCUGUCGUGGCAGCAAUUGCACGGGAGAUCGGGUUCAGAGCAUCGGUGUCGUCGGAACUACAACCUAUGAUUCGGAUUGUACCUCGAGCCCAGUCGGCGACGGCGGAUGCUUAUCUUUCUCCAGUUAUUGCGCAAUAUAUUGAAGGAUUCCGGUCAGGAUUUAAGGGCCGAUUAGAAGAUCACAACGCCAAGAAACUCCUUUUAUGUCAGUCAGAUGGUGGUCUCACCUCAUUCACUAGAUUUACGGGCCUGCGCGCAAUUCUAUCUGGGCCUGCUGCCGGCGUUAUUGGAUGUGCUCGCACCUGCUAUGAUGAGGAAGACGGAACGCCCGUACUUGGUUUCGAUAUGGGAGGAACAAGCACAGAUGUAUCUCGUUAUAGCGGUUCAUUUGAACAUGUCUUUGAAACCACCGUCUCACAGGUUGCCCUUCAAAGCCCGCAGUUAGAUGUUCAUACUGUAGCGGCCGGUGGAGGCUCAAUGCUGUUUUGGCGAAAUGGCUUGUUCGUCGCAGGUCCCGAAUCUGCAGGAGCAUACCCCGGCCCAGCAUGCUAUGGCAAAGGCGGACCUCUCACAAUCACCGAUGCGAAUUUCUUCCUCGGCCGUAUUCUGCCAGACUACUUUGCUCGUCCUCUGGACUUUGAUGUCGUUAAGAAGAAAUUCUUGGAACUCACCGAAGUUGUCAAUGCAGAAAAGAAAGGCACCGAAACCCUGACACCGGAAGAGGUCGCUAUGGGCUUCCUUCUCGUGGCAAAUGCAUCUAUGACACGGCCCAUCCGUGCUCUGAGCGAGGGAAGAGGUUAUGAGACUGCCGCUCAUAACCUAGUUUGCUUCGGCGGUGCUGGAGGGCAACAUGCAACUGCAAUUGCGCGGGAUCUCGGUAUCCGACGAGUACUCAUUCAUCGCUUCUCUAGCAUCUUGUCAGCCUAUGGAAUGGCUCUUGCAGAUGUUGUCGUUGAGCUCCAAGAGCCUGAGUCGGGUGUCUAUACCAAGGAGUCCGCUGCUCGUUUCGAGAAGCGAGCUGAAGCCCUCCGUGAGCGAAGUACGAAGCAGCUCAUUGAGGAAGGAUUCACCCAAGAUCAGAUAUCGCAUGAAGUAUUCCUCAACAUGCGUUAUCGCGGCAGCGAUACUUCCCUCAUGAUCUGUCAGUCUGAUGCCGCCGACUUCUCCGAAGGCUUUAUUGCUCGUCAUAAACGGGAGUUUGGAUUUACUCAACCACGCGAGAUCCUAGUGGACGACGUGCGUGUCCGAUCCGUUGGCAAGGCAGUAGAUGUCAAGAUCAAAAGCCCAUUCAAACAACUCAAAGAAAUCCGUCGGUCUUCUCAGCAAGAUCCGAAACCUGCUCUUAUUCGAAAAGUAUACUUCGAAAAGGAGGGAUGGACAGAUGCACGUAUAUUCCACCUGCAAGACGUACCCAAAGGAAGCGUUAUUCUCGGACCAGCCAUGAUUAUCGACGCAACUCAGACCAUCGUCGUCGAUCCUGCUAGCGAAGCGACUGUGCUGGAUGAACAUGUUGUCAUUGAUCUACUUGAUGCAGAGACCAAAAAGAUAUCCGCAGAUGAGGUUGAUCCCAUUCAACUAUCUGUCUUCAGUCAUCGUUUCAUGAGCGUCGCUGAGCAGACGGGUGAGACUCUUCGAAAGACGUCGAUAUCGACCAAUAUCAAGGAACGUCUUGAUUAUAGCUGUGCAGUCUUUUCUGCAGACGGUCAAUUGGUCGCUAAUGCACCACACAUACCUGCGCAUCUGGGAUCAAUGUCCUACGCAAUCGCAUAUCAAGCAAGACGGUAUGCAAAGGGGGAAUUGAAACCAGGCGAUGUGAUACUCUCGAACCAUCCCGUUGCUGGCGGUACCCAUCUUCCGGACUUGACUGUUACGACACCCGUCUUUGAUGAAAAUGAUCCGACCAAGAUUCUUUUCUUUGUAGCCAACCGUGGCCAUCAUGCUGAUAUCGGCGGUAUUGCUGCGGGAAGCAUGCCACCCAACUCGACUGAACUGUGGCAGGAAGGUGCUGCUAUUGAGUCGUUCAAGAUGGUGAAAGAGGGUGUCUUUGAUGAAGAGGGUGUCGCCCAUCUUCUCUACGACGUCCCAGCUACAUAUCCCGGCUGCAGCGGCACCAGAACACUAAACGACAACAUUUCCGACCUCAAAGCAGGAAUUGCAGCAAAUAACAAGGGGAUUCAUCUAAUUCAAGGUCUGGUGCGCGAAUAUAACUGGCCCGUCGUCGAACUGUACAUGCGUGCAGUACAAAAAAAUGCCGAAGAGACCGUGCGCAGUCUACUUAAGGACUUUAGUCGUCGCUUCCAAGGUCAACCUCUUGAGGCAGUUGAUUACAUGGAUGACGGAACACCAUUAGCCUUAAAAAUCACCAUCGACCCCGCUGACGGAUCUGCCAAUUUCGACUUCACCGGCACCGGUCCCGAAGCAUUGAAUAACCUGAAUAGUCCACCAGCAGUCAUGUACAGCGGUAUCAUGUACUGUCUCCGAUCCAUGAUAUCCUCCGAUAUCCCCCUGAACCAAGGAUGCCUGGCACCCAUCAACGUCGUCUGCCCACCAAACACAAUCCUCUCCCCAAGUAUGAAAGCCGCAACAGUGGGCUCAAACGUUGAAACCGCACAACGCAUAAUCGAUGUUAUUCUUAAAGCAUUCCGAGUCAUGGGUGCUAGUCAGGGAACAUGCAACAAUCUCACUUUUGGGUACGGCGGUAAAGAUCCCGUUACUGGAGCCGUGACCAAGGGCUUUGGAUACUACGAAACCAUCGCCGGUGGUGCGGGUGCAGGCGCAAACUGGGAGGGUCAAUCUGGUGUUCAUACUGGUAGCACCAAUACACGCAUGACUGACCCGGAGACGUUUGAAAAACGCUACCCUGUUCUCCUUCGCGAAUUUAGUAUUCGCAAGGGUAGUGGUGGCGCUGGCCGAAAUCGAGGUGGUGAUGGCUGUAUUCGCGAUAUUGAGUUACGACGUCCGUUGCAAGUUAGUAUUCUAUCUGAAAGACGAGUUGUGGCGCCGUACGGUAUGGCUGGCGGAGAGGAUGGGAAGAGAGGUGUCAAUCUAUGGGUACGAAAGGAUCCUAUAGAUGGAUCUGUGAGAACGAUAUCUGUGGGCGCAAAGGCAUCCAUGGAGAUGAAUACAGGUGAUAGGUUUAUUGUGCAGACCCCUGGUGGUGGCGGUUAUGGUGUACCGCCGGAUAAGAAGCGAGAUGUUGAGGCGCUAGAUGAGUUUGUUGUAAAACGUGCCGUUAUGUAGAUUGUCUUGUCUUUUACGAUAUGAUUGUGAUAUGCACUCUUAUUCCUUGACCUUAACUAUUUCUAUUAUCCCCAACUUCCCAGUUUAUUGUCAACAGAGUGAUACCUAGGUAUGAUUGAUCAUAUAGGCCUAUACUAUGUUUUGUUUCAUGAAUAUAAGAGGUGGACACAAUUUCUCCGUAUCCUAGCCCUAAACGGAGAUAUGCAGGCCCAAGCUAUCUACGAAUCAGGACGGCGUUAUCCGGGAAAAAGCUUUCUCGAGGAACAGCUCUAAAUUGGGUUUAUGAGCUUGAUUGAAUUGAGUAAAGUACUAUUGU